UACUGCGCGUUGUGAGGUUAUAGACCUCAGCCGGGAAGAAGAGCUUGAUGGCUCCCUGGAUCUCAUCUGUUAUGUGCAACUUUCAGCUUUCAGCUUUCAGCAUUAGUAUUUCCAAGUUUAUGUACUGUCUAUCCUUAGUUUGAGUCCGGGCUUCAUAGUUCCGAGCAAGCAGCUCGAGCUAGACUCUUUGAAACGUCGUUUGUAGAGACUUGGGAAGACGCUGUCCGCCAAAAGAGGAAUCAUCCGGCUAGGACGGAAGAAUAGCCUGUCUCUGACGGACCCAGCUUCAAGCAUUACAGCAGAGCACCAUGAAGGAGGAACCGAUUCCAGUCCCUGUGGGAGCAGAGAUGAGAGAGCCCCCACAGAUCAAAGAAGAGAAUGUGGAUGUGUGUGUUAGUCCAGACACAGAGGUAGAUCAUUCCAGCAGUGCUGUGGUCAAACUUCCUAAAUCAGAGCCGACCAGUGACAGUGAGCAGUCCCCCGACCCCCCGGCUGCUAAUGAGGGUGUAAACCAAUGCAUGGAUGAUGAUGAAUGGGAUGAAGAUGAUGGAUCAUCGCCUGGUCCUAGUGUUGAUGUGAUUGUGAAUCUGGAACAGCCUGCAAGGGAUGAAAAAAAGUGUCGGUUUUGUGGUAAAAAUUUUAGGAAAGACGCCUGUCUUAUUUGGCAUGUAAAGAGGAGUCACAGCGGAAAGAAAGCCUUUAGAUGUCUGAAGUGCAACAAUGUUUUUGAGCAAAGGGGACACCUAGUGCAGCAUACGAAAAAACACAUCGAAAGAAAACCCUUCAAGUGUGCUUUUUGUGACAGAAUAUUUGCACAGAACUCAAGUUGUAUUGUUCACAUGCGAGUGCACACUGGAGAAAAACCCUAUUUCUGUAACAACUGUGGCAAAAGUUUUGCCAUAAGCAAACAUUUAAAACUGUGCAAAUUGCAGAAUAAAGCCAAGGUCCCUCCAAAAAAUGGGGACACAGAGGAGAAUGCCACAGAAGACAAACGCCUCAGUUGCUUUGGAUGCGAAAAAAAGUUCAGAUAUAACUACCAACUUAUUCAGCAUUCCAGAAUUCACACGGGGGAAAAACCUUUCAGUUGUAACGUUUGUGGUAAAACCUUCACUCAACGCUCCAGUCUUAAUGUUCACCAGAGGGUGCACACUGGAGAGAAACCAUACUUUUGUAAGAAUUGUGGCAUAAGUUUUUCAAGUAAGGAGCAUCUUAAGUUCUGCUCAAGCAAAAGCAAGGAGAAGUCCUUCCGCUGCGAAAAAUGUGGCAAAACCUUUUUCACAAACUCCGAGCUGGAGGUGCACUUUGAGGUUCAUGCGGCAUGGAAAACACACAUGAAUAAGAAACAGCAAGAACCUGAACUAGAAGAGACAAAACCCACAAGCAUGUAAAAGAAGUUGGAGUUUGUGAAACCAAAUUUGUUUUUAAAUAUGGUUGAUAUGAUAUGCAUCUAGCAUUGAAUCAUAGUGUGUCCAAACUAUGUGAAUGAGUGCCAAGAAGAGAGGGCAAAGAGCAAGUGUUUGCUUUACAGGUAGCUUUAAAGCAAAGACCCUACAGCAGCUAAUUUGCUUUCUUUCCUUUUUUUUUUAGUUCUACUUUUAAAAAGGUUAUAUAUUUUGUUGUUUGUCAAAUGUUUCAUAUUUGUAUGCUCAAAAACACACCAGAAAUAAGGACAUUAAUGCAGCAAAACAAUGUGAUAAGUUUUAUAUACAUUUUUUCAAUAAAAUACUCAAUCAGCUUUAUUUUGCA